CAUUUCUUCUUCCCUAAAACCCUACUCAUCAUCACUUACAACUCUUGCUUCCUUCGUGUAGCUCCUUCAAUGUCGAAUUGAAAAUUUUCAGAAAAAUUGCCUUUCUUCAAAAGAAGAUUCCAUUUCCUGUAAUGGCUUUCAUUUCCAGAUCUAAACCCUAUCAAUCAAAAGCUAGGGUUUAUCUCUCGCUUCCCAGAUCGUCUUUCUUCUCACUCCCUCGUUUAUUCAGCUCAAUCGAAGAAACCCAAACUUCAGGAGAUGCAAAACCAGAAACCCAAUCUCCAGAUGCAAAACCCGAGACGAAGAAUCUGGGUUCUACGGAGACGAGGCCACUCAGAGAGAGAUUCCAACGAGGUAAGCGUCAAAACCAUGAAAAGCUAGAGGAUACAAUUUGUAGAAUGAUGGAUAAUCGUGCUUGGACGACCCGUUUACAAAACUCGAUCCGAGAUCUUGUACCUGAAUGGGAUCAUUCUUUAGUGUAUAAUGUCUUGCACGGUGCUAAGAAACUUGAGCACGCUCUUCAGUUUUUCCGGUGGACGGAGAGAUCUGGUUUGAUUCGUCAUGAUAGAGAUACUCAUAUGAAAAUGAUUAAGAUGCUUGGAGAAGUUCAGAAGCUUAAUCAUGCUCGGUGUAUUUUAUUGGAUAUGCCUGAAAAAGGUGUUCCUUGGGAUGAGGAUAUGUUUGUGGUGCUUAUUGAGAGUUAUGGCAAAGCUGGUAUUGUUCAAGAGUCUGUUAAAAUCUUUCAGAAGAUGAAGGAUUUGGGUGUGGAGAGGACUAUUAAGUCGUAUAAUACUUUGUUUAAGGUGAUUUUGAGGCGUGGUCGGUAUAUGAUGGCGAAACGGUAUUUCAAUAAGAUGAUGGAUGAGGCUGAGAAGUUAUUUGUGGAGAUGAAAGGGAAUAACAUUGAGCCUAGUGUUGUGAGUUACACAACGAUGAUUAAAGGGUAUCUUUCAGUUGACCGAGUUGAUGAUGGGUUGAGAAUCUUUGAGGAGAUGAGAUCUUUGGGUAUUGAGCCCAAUGCUACGACGUAUUCGACAUUGUUGCCAGGUCUGUGUGAUGCAGGGAAAAUGGUGGAGGCUAAGAAUAUCUUGAAGAGUAUGAUGGCGAAACACAUUGCUCCAAAAGAUAACUCGAUCUUCCUUAAGCUUUUGGUUUCUCAGAGCAAAGCAGGGGAUAUGGCUGCCGCCACUGAGGUGCUCAAAGCCAUGGCUACACUGAACGUUCCAGCAGAAGCAGGACACUAUGGGGUCUUGAUUGAGAAUCAAUGCAAGGCUAGUGCAUACAAUCGUGCUAUCAAGCUUUUAGAUACGCUUAUUGAGAAAGAAAUCAUUUUGAGGCAUCAGGAUACUCUGGAAAUGGAGCCCAGCGCAUACAACCCGAUCAUCGAGUAUUUGUGCAACAAUGGCCAAACGGCGAAAGCAGAAGUGCUUUUCAGGCAGCUGAUGAAAAGAGGUGUCCAAGACCAAGAUGCCUUAAACAAUCUGAUUCGUGGUCAUGCAAAGGAAGGAAAUCCGGAUUCUAGUUACGAGAUUCUGAAGAUUAUGUCAAGGAGAGGUGUCCCUAGAGAAUCAAACGCAUAUGAACUGCUCAUCAAGAGCUACAUGAGCAAAGGUGAGCCUGGAGACGCGAAAACCGCACUGGACAGCAUGGUCGAAGACGGGCAUGUCCCAGAUUCAGCACUUUUCAGGUCCGUAAUUGAGAGUUUGUUUGAGGAUGGUAGGGUGCAGACUGCAAGCCGUGUGAUGAUGAUUAUGAUAGAUAAAAACGUUGGUAUCGAAGAAAACAUGGAUUUGAUUGCUAAGAUCUUGGAAGCUCUCUUAAUGAGAGGACACGUAGAAGAAGCCCUGGGACGUAUAGAUCUUCUGAACCAAAACGGACACACAGCUGAUCUGGACAGCCUCUUAUCUGUCUUAAGCGAGAAAGGGAAGACGAUUGCAGCAUUGAAGCUGUUAGAUUUUGGGUUAGAGAGGGAUCUCAGCUUAGAGUUUUCGAGCUACGACAAAGUGUUGGAUGCGCUUUUAGGAGCCGGGAAGACUCUGAAUGCGUACUCGGUUCUGUGUAAGAUCAUGGAGAAAGGAAGUUCAACAGAUUGGAAGAGCUCUGAUGAACUGAUCAAGAGCUUGAACCAAGAAGGAAACACAAAGCAAGCUGAUGUUCUUUCUAGAAUGAUCAAGAAGGGACAAGGAAUCAAGAAACAAAACACUGCUUCUCUAUAGAAACUUCUUAACAAGUGAUUCUUUCUCCUUUCAUUGUUGGUUCAAUUAUCUUUCUCCAAAUAAAUCCUUUUUGAAACU